UAGGGCUUUCCUGUUGGUUAGGUGCUCUGGUGUACGUGCUCUUCUGCUUAUGAACAGGAAAUAAAUUUUCACAGGUCUCAAUUGUUCAGUGACUCUUCGACACCAAUUGUCAGAGAAUAAGUCCAAUAAAUGAAAGCAUAGUAAACUCGUUGCAGUAUCUUUUAUAAUCUUUACAUCAAGCUCUGAGAAGAACUAAGGAGGCAGCUAGGAAUAUUUUGUAUGUUAUUUACAUUAUUCUCAUCAAGAUACCAUUUCUUUGGAAAGAGAGGUCUGUUAAAAUUUUUAUACUUUUUUAGAGAAGAGAAAAUGAAGACAAACUCUUCCUGUAAAAGAAUUAACAUGGACAUUACCCACACAUUAUUACCUGUAGUGUAUAUAUCAGUAUUUAUCAUCGGCCUUGUUGCUAACUGCUGGGGUAUAAAAUCAUUGAUUGCAAACUGGAAGAAAUUAGGAAAUAUCAAUGUUUUUAUUCUAAACCUUGGAGUUGCAGAUAUUUUAUAUUUGGUCACACUUCCGUUUCUAGUGGCAUAUUACUCAGCAGGUAGUCGUUGGGUCUUUGGACAAGUCUUCUGCAAGAUGACUAGAUUCUGCUUCAAUUUGAACUUGUAUGGCAGUAUUGGUUUCCUGACAUGUAUUAGUGUAUACAGGUAUUUAAGUAUUGUUCAUCCACUGAGAGUGAUGGGGAGGAUAAAUGCUGGCCACACUACAGUCAUUGCUGCUCUAGUUUGGAUUUUAGUCUGCGCUGAAAGUGUUCCUGAUAUGUUCUAUGAAAAAAACAGGUCCAACGCUACAGAAAAAUGCUUUGACACCACAUCCAACUCCUAUUACAAGGAUUAUCUAAACUACAGUUUUGCCUGGACAAUAUCUGGAUUCUGCCUCCCUCUGCUCAUCAUAUUGGGUUGCUAUGGACAUGUGGCCGUGGUUCUCUAUUCCAAAAAAAACAACAUCGACCAAGUGAUGAAACAGCGAUGCCUACGACUGGUCUUCAUUGUGACUUUACUCUUCUCCGUCUGCUACACACCGUACCACAUAUUAAAGAAUCUAAACCUGAUUACUCGUAUUUGGAAAAGGGAAGGCAUGUGCCGGGAUUGGUUUGCCACCGUCUACGUUGCUCAUCAAGUCAGUCGAGCCCUUGUGUGUCUAAAUAGUGCCAUCAACCCACUGAUUUACUUCCAUUCCAACAAGGAAGUUACCAUGCAGAUCGCAAGGCUUUGGGAACGAACACAACAAUUUGGUCUUCAGAUGUUAAGCCAUAGACCUUCAUCAGCAUUAUGAAUUCAGCAUAGCAAUCACAAGGCAAUAUUCAAGUGGAUUUCUUUGCGUACUUGAGAGUCAUUUUCUUUUUUCAUUCCAGUCAUUCACUAUUUCUGCCAUGUUGUACAAUUGAGUUAAAGUAUAGUCUGUGGCA